UAUUGGAGGUUUCCCAUUACCAUAUUUAUCAUACUCCAUCAUCAUAACACAACGGCAUAAUCCGAUCGGAGCCGACAACUAGAAAGAAGCGAAAAGGUACAGAUGGUAUCGCGUUGGAGAAGUUGAUCGAUACGACUAAUGCUACGACCUCACUUGUAAUACAUGUACCGAAUCAAUUGAAGAUCUACCUAAACUACCGAUAGAAGGAUAGCAAGAAGGGGACAUAAUCACCACUCUGCCUUGCACCUUCUUUCUGCAUGGCACUCAUGCCUCCGCGUCGAUCUGCACGCUUAUCCGAAGACAAUUUUGGAAAUCACCACGAUCAACCAUUAUCCAGUUCGCCAAAUGUAUUUCAAGAUCGAAUGCGUGGAGGGAAACAAUGGCCGCCAACUUCUACUGCCGUCAAGACGAUGGGUAACGGUGGAAAACAAAAAAAUACUAGCUCUACCGAUGGAUCAGCAGCAGGUUCAUCAUCUACUGCAGCGACAGGAAUAGAUUCUAGCAAAUCAACAAUUGCAGAUCAAAAACCUCGUAAAGAGAGAAGAUGGGAAGAAAUUGCAGAUGAAUCGGAAAAUGAAGAAGAGGAUGGAGAUUUUAUGAACGGAUUUACGAGACCUAUAAUUACCGGAAACGCAAAACAUGCUGCUUCUAUACCCGUUCCAAGGCAGCCUAGAACUACAUUUCAUGAACAGGCAGGUGAUGACGGUUUCAUAUUCUCCAAUGCGAAUCCUACUGCUGAUGCAAAGGGGAAAGGGAAAGCGUCAGCAGUGGAAGGCGCCAAAGGAGCACCACCAAGACGGAAUAUGUCAUCAAAUACCGGAAAUGUGGGCGAUACAUUGAGGACAGCUUCGACUGGAAGUGAUCGACGUGUUUCUUCUGGACCGGUAAAAGCAAUGAGACGAGUUUCGCUUUUUCGAGAUGGUACAGUGGCCGUUCCACAUCCCAAUAUUGCCGACACCGAUCUUUAUCGACACUGCAGCAGUGAUCUCGACCCACGACAAAGGCUUCAGAACCUUGCCAUUUGGACACUAGAGAGAAGCUAUGCGAAAAUCAAAAAGACUUAUUCGGCACCAUCUACGUCUCGUCAUACACUCGAUGAUACCGUUCGGGGAACGAUUGAAAAUCUUGUGCAAAACAAUCUCUUGCUUGAUUGGCCAGGAAGAAGGCGAAGUGAGACAUUGGCAAAACAAGGAAAAAGUUCGAAAGACUCUUUACGACCACAUCCACGAAACGAAGUGAAUGCAAAGGCGGAAGUUCAAUUACAGAAACAAAUUGACUUGAUGGAGAGUGAAAUGAAAGCGUGGAAGGAGGCUGAGGGUGAGAUGGAGCGACUAGAAGGAGAUAUACGGUCAUUGCAGGAAACACUUUCUAGCUCGAAUUCUGAAAAGGAUGAUUGCAGUGAAUUAUCAGAUUUUCUAUCAAUGCAAGUUUCAUCAUCAUGCGAUCAAAAGGAAGAUAAUGGUUUGAGUUCAAUACGGAAAUCAUUAUCAAAUGCAGCAACGUGGCUUCGAACAUCCGAAUCUUCCGAUCCUUCUACAUUGACAGCUGCUCAAGCAGGCCUUGCUCGAUUGUCGGAAGAUCUAUUCGUCCGCGAUACAGGUGAAAAUGUACCUUCCAGACCGGCCAAGAGAAGAAGGACGACAUCUCAUCGCGGUGAAGAUGAAUCUGUGCGCUCAGAACCAACACCUCUUCAUUUGCAAGGGACUGAUGCCGAUCCAAGAUGGGAAGAUGUGGAGUUCAAUGCAGAUCUCUUAAAUUCUCACGCACAUUCCUAUGCUCAAUUGGCAAGACUUUCGGAUCGAUAUACAACUGCAAUUUCCGCUCGUGGUGCACAAGCGAUCGGAGAAUUGAUCGGCAGUGAAGAUAGAUCGUCUACGAUCCCGGUACGUGCACGAGAAGGUGAAGCAGAAGGAGCAACUUCUUCCACCUCUUCUUCAAUGAUUUCUAGAGAAGGUCAAAAUACCCUACAAAGAAUCUUAUCUGGAAUCCGUAAACUGGAACGCGGUACAACGUUUACCGAAGAAGAUCCUGAGGCAGAACGAAACAAUCACUCCGAAGGUAAAGGUGGACCUUCGGCUGGCGAUGUUUCAGAUGGAGAUAUCUUGCGUGCUUUUGCCGGUAUAAGUCGUGCUCGUCGUUGAUUUGCCAGUCUUUAUCUCUAUCAUCGUUUAAUUUUCUUGUUUUCUUGUACUUUUACUUUGAGUAUGUAUGCUUUGCUUGGUAUUGCACUUCACAUUUGCA